CCCAAACGAGCCGAUGGAAAAAUCCAAAAAUUUCCGCAUCGAUGCGCUGCUGGCCGUGGACCCCCCGCGAGCGGCCUCGGCGCAGACCGCGCCGCUGGCCCUGGUCACGUCGCUCGCGGCCGCCGCGGCCGGCCCCGGCGGCGGCGGCGGCGGCGGCGGAGCAAACGGCGGCGGGGCGAGCGGCGGGGCGAGCGGCAGCUGCAGCCCCGCGUCCUCGGAGCCGCCCGCAGCGCCCGCCGACCGUCUGCACGCCGAGAGCCCCUCGCCGCCGCGCCUGCUGGCCGCGCACUGCGCGCUGUUGCCUAAGCCCGGCUUCCUGGGCGCCGGCGGCGCGGGCGGAGGCGCGGGUGGCGCGGGCGGCGGGCCCGGGGGUCCCCACCACCACGCGCACCCUGGCGCCGCGGCCGCCGCCGCCGCCGCGGCCGCCGCCGCCGCCGCCGCUGGGGGCCUGGCGCUGGGGCUGCACCCCGGGGGCGCGCAGGGAGGCGCGGGCCUCCCCGCGCAGGCGGCGCUCUACGGCCACCCGGUCUAUGGCUACUCGGCGGCGGCGGCGGCCGCCGCGCUGGCCGGCCAGCACCCGGCGCUCUCCUACUCCUACCCGCAGGUGCAGGGCGCGCACCCUGCGCACCCCGCGGACCCCAUCAAGCUGGGCGCCGGCACCUUCCAGCUGGACCAGUGGCUGCGUGCGUCCACCGCGGGCAUGAUCCUGCCCAAGAUGCCCGACUUUAACUCCCAGGCGCAGUCCAACCUCCUGGGGAAGUGCCGGCGGCCCCGCACAGCCUUCACCAGUCAGCAGCUCCUCGAGCUGGAGCACCAGUUCAAACUCAACAAGUACCUGUCGCGGCCCAAGCGCUUCGAGGUGGCCACGUCGCUAAUGCUCACGGAGACCCAGGUGAAAAUCUGGUUCCAGAACCGGCGGAUGAAGUGGAAACGCAGCAAAAAGGCCAAGGAGCAGGCGGCGCAGGAGGCUGAGAAGCAGAAGGGUGGCGGGGGCGCGAGCAAAGGUGGCAACGCAGAGGACAAGGGAGGGGAGGAGCUGCUGGGGCCGCCGGCGGUUGGGGACAAAGGCAGUGGACGCCACCUGCGGGACUUGAGGGACAGUGACCCCGAGGAGGACGGGGACGAUGACCACUUCCCCUACAGCAACGGCGCCAGCACGCACGCCGUGUCCUCCGACUGCUCCACCGAGGCCGACUCGCCGCCUCCCCGGCCCGGGGGGCCCGUGCACCAGCCCCAGGCCCAGUAGGGGCCCCGCAGGCCUGUGAGCCAGGCCGCCGCCGGGCGCUGCCCGUUUGGGACAGAGAGAGGGAGGCCCAGCAGGUUCAAACUGGAACUCCUGUUCUUUUAAUUUAACUUCGGUUAGCGUUGGGGCGUAGUGUUUGUGAGAAGAGCUGACCGCGACCAGGGGGAGCCUCCCACUCCCCUCUUCCUGAUGGAGAAGGUGGGAACCUACAGUGUUGGACGACCUGGAAAACUUGAAACCUUCUCCGCCGGAAUCGCCAUUCUGCUGAGUAUUGAAAAAGGGAAAAUGUUUUGUGCUUACCUAUCUUAGGGGGAACUUUAUGUCAUGAGCAUUCAAACCGCUGGAAAUCUCAAAACUGUACUGUAUUUUUGUAUAUUGUAUUUAUAUAUAUAUAUAAAGAAGCGUCUACUUAUGCAUGCUAAAUUAUUAUUUAGCUUCUCCC